UUCCUGAUCCUGCCACGCAGUUGGACCUCGGUCAUCAAUUCCUCCUCGCCGACGAAGUCGUCACGAUGAAAGACGGCGAAUGACGGCUCAUCCGUCUAGAUCUCAAAUCUGAGCUUCUCGCCAUGCCAAACAAGCAAACCAGUGCCGGAAAACUCGACCUAGACCGAACACGCCGCCGCGAUUGUUGCCUCUGCACCACCGUUGUCCAUCCACGUUCGGCUGCCUCUCGACCCCCAAGAGAUCAGUCGAGGCAAGCCUCCGUUGUUGUUGGUGUUGUUAAACCAGCCAUCCAUUUUUGGGUAGACCACGGGGAGAUCCCUUUCUCCCCCCAUGGCGCUAGUGAACCGCCCCACCGCGUCCCGGUCGCCUGGCAGCCUCCAGAUCGUCAACCCGACCGCUUCCUCCUCGGCCUUCGCCGCGCCCUGCUCGCCGACGGAUCGGUCUUCGUCCGCUGCGGGCAACUCGAAUCCCCUGCAAAUUGCAGAGUGGUGGUCAUCGGAGAAAGAGGAGGCACUUCCCUCCCGUGGAAGAUGAUUUUGAUUUAGUUUAGGGUUUGAAUUUGGGGAUUUUGUGAUUUUGGGAUAAUAAGUGGAAAUUUCAUAAUUUUUAUUUUAAUUGAAUUAUAAAAUAAAAAUAAUAUUAUUUAAUGAGGUGGCAUGCCACAUCAAUGUUUUUUUGCUUAGUCACCAACAGAAUAGGGUUUAACCGUCAAUAUUAACGGUCAAAGAAAAUUUUGGGCCAAAUUUGUUCAAUAGUUUCAAAAGUAGACCAUAAAUGUCUUAUUUGAAAAAUGAGGCCAAAACUGUCACUUACGCUAAACUUCGGGCCAAACUAGGGUAUUAACCCAACAAUAAAUUGGGUAUUGUGCA